AUGGCGUCAAAAACUGAUGAAUCGCCGACAAAUAAUCUUCAUUCAACAGACCACAGUGCUGAAAUACAAGUCGAGAUUCAAGGGAUUGCAGAAGUUUCUAAAAGACCACAACAUCCCAAAUGGAGUAUAAGAGAGACCCAUGUGCUCAUAGAGGGUAAAUUCGCGGAAGAAAACCUGAGGAGGAACGGAGAACAAAGAUCUAAUGUAAUUCUUACAUCAAAAUGGGAGGCCAUCUCAUCCUUCUGCACUAAGAAUGGCAUGAAAAGAGGAGCGAUUCAAUGCCAAAAUAGGUGGAGUAGGUUAAUGGAACUUUUCAGGAAGAUUAAAAUGAGAGAAUCAGUGAAUAAAGAUGAGGAUAAAUCAUUCUGGAACAUGACAGCCAAAGAAAGAAGCUUGAUUAAGCUGCCCAAAUUUUUUGAUAAGGAUGUUUAUGAUGUAUUGGAUGGAAAUCCAUGGUGCGCCUCUGCAAUUUCGUUAAAUCAAGUUGCAACAAAUGAUUCUUCAAAGAAACUACCAAAUUUAGAUAUGAAAAAGAAUAAGCCAAUAUACUGUCCAAAAGAAGCAACAUCUCAGAAGCCAGGCAAAAAAAGAAGGUUAUUUGAGAAUGGAAAUGAAGAAGUCAACAUGGAGUCCGAGAAUGGGAAUGAACAAGAUAAUAUCUUGAUUGUUGCUUUAAACAAAAUAGGAGAUGCCCUUGGAAGGAUUGCAGACAAAUUAUGA